UCUGCUUGGGUUCGCUCCCAAAUAACGGAAGGCGGUCCGGUUCCAAUUGAGAUAAUAAGUUAAAUUAUAGUUAUUGUGCAUCGAGUAAAUCAGUUGACAACACGAAGUUCGGAGUGAGUGAACAGUGAGAUGAAUUUUAAUGGUGAUUAACUAACUCGUCGGACGCAGAAACGUUUACUUUGUAAAAAAAAAAAAAAAAAAAAAAAAACUUCACCAGCCUUUUGAUCGUGGAACAGAUCGGCGGGACGUCCCUUCCCUUCAGCAACCUACGUCGACGACUGACCUGAACUCCCUAUCCGCGGAGAUAUGAGCGGUCUCAUUGGAUAGGCGUUUCCUCGACUGGAAAGUGUUGUUGUAUUUGUUCUCCAUGCACCCAGCGCUUUGCUUUAACUCCAAGGACGCGAACUGAAGAUGGCUUUUCGCUCGAGCUUGUCCGAUAUGGAAGACACGUCAAAGUCUUACAUAAUGAAUGAACUGGAUCGGCUGGAUGCCGCCGAAACAUAUGCGUGUCCCACUACUGAGCUCAGCAAAGCAGUGUCAGUGUCUUUGGGUUUGGAUCCCGUGUCGUCUCCGCUCACCAGCAUGAACCAAUGCUCCAGCGGCGCCUUUGCAGACUGCGACACCACUAUUGAAAAUAGUUCCCGAGGAGUGCCGGAGUUAUGGACGGCUAGAAGCGUGAACCCAGAAGACGGCAGGCUCGCCCUGGGCGACAGCUUUCGAGAGGAUGACUUUGGAGAAGUGUGCCACGGUAUACAGCAGGUGAGCUGCAUGGAUAUAUACAGAUCGGGCGAAAUGGACGGCGCGCAAACUCUAACGCGUGGCUCCGUGAUAUCCAGAUAUGUCUGCAAGGAACCUAACAUGUUAACGAACCAGGUGACUGACCUGCCCGCGACCUCUCAGGUGGCUGAGGUCGUACAUUUGAAACCAUAUUCUGCAUACUCUGACAGUUCAAGCCUAUACAGAGAUACCCCGGCCGUGUGGUGCGCAAAUGAGCGCGCAUACGGUGACCGAUCCGAGGCGCAGAGAGGCGGCCCUGGCGGACAUAAUCUGUUGUGUAAACACUGUAACUGUGGACAAACAUCUCUCGGAUCCAGACAAGAAUGCCACUGUGUCUGGUACAAGCGGGGCGAGCACGGCGGAAAAGGUGGCAUGCGAGCAGCGAUGGCACAAGGGUAUGGGCAAGUGGAAAGUUACCCGAGCGCUAUCCCUCAAGGGCAAACCACUUUUUCCAGUAUCAAGACCGAACCUUCAGUUUGGGUGGAUUGCUCAGACCGCAGCUUCAGACAUGAGGAGUUUUUUCCUGGUGUGUACCUAUCAGACCGGAGAGUGUGUCAGGUGUGCGGUGACGAUGCCUCCGGUUGUCACUAUGGAGCCGUCACCUGCGGCAGCUGCAAGGUAUUCUUCAAGAGAGCCGCUGCAGGUAAGCAGAACCACUUGUGUGCCAGCCGCAACGACUGCACCAUAGACAAGCUGAGGCGGAAAAACUGCGCCUCGUGCCGCUUAAAGAGGUGCUUCAUGUCGGGAAUGAGCCUUAAAGGCCGCAGGCUGAAGGGAGCCGGACAGACGAGAAACAUGGAGGAGGAACAACAGCUAGUGGCCUGGGGUCACGGAGAAAGAGAAGCGAGGGCAAGGAAUAAAGAUGCAGUCUUGGAGCCCGGACAUGCAGCUGCCAGGGCUCAAGGUGCGGCGGCCCAGGCAUUGGCUCUAGCCAUCCCCCAGACCCUGCGCUCCUGCCUGUCCCUGCUCAGCGUCCUGCAGGCCAUCGAGCCGGCCGUGGUCAACGCCGGACAUGACCCGGCCCAGCCAGACACCGCCGCGUCCUUGCUCACCAGCCUGAAUGAGCUGGGGGAAAGACAGCUGGUGACAGUGGUGCGCUGGGCCAAGGCAAUACCAGGGUUCCGUGACCUGCAUGUGGACGAUCAGAUGUCAGUGAUUCAGCUGUCGUGGAUGGGGGUGAUGGUGUUCGCUUUGGGCUGGAGGUCCUACACACUCACCAACAGCUCCAUGCUCUACUUUGCUCCGGACCUGGUCUUCAAUGACCAGCGGAUGCAGACGUCCAGUAUGUAUGAACACUGCGUGAGGAUGAAGCUGCUCUCCCAGAGGUUCUGCAUGCUGAAGGUUACCCAGGAGGAGUUCCUCUGCAUGAAGGCCCUGGUCCUCUUCAGCAUCAUGCCAGUGGAGGGCCUGAAGAGCCAGCGCUGUUUUGAUGAACUGCGGACCUCCUACAUCAAGGAGCUGGACCGUUUGGCCAGCCACCGCGGAGAGACCACCCGUACGCAGAGGCUGUUUCAGCUCACGCAGCUGCUGGACUACCUCCAGUCGGUUGUGAGGAAGUUGCAUCAGUUCACCUACGACCUGUUCAUCCAAGCUCAGUCCCUGCAGAUGCGCAUCAACUUCCCGGAAAUGAUCUCCGAGAUCGUGAGCGUUCACGUGCCCAAGAUCCUCUCUGGGAUGGUCAAGCCCAUACUUUUCCACAACACAACCUAGAGGGCGUCCGCGGAGGCCCUCGCGCCAGAGGAUUUAUAAGUUUUAGGAAGUGAAAUGUAACCCUAAUUACACCUACUCUAUUCUCCUUACUGUCUGCUCACUGUAUCACACACGUCAAAUGUUUUCGGAGCUGAUUAAAAACACUUGCAUGCAUUCCUCCACUCAAGCCAAUGAAACAUGGUCGACCUCCCGGCAUGUAGAGUAGACUUCUUCGGCACUUCAUAUCGAUCAUUUUAACGCGGGCGCCAUGCCGUUACGAGAAGCAAGACAGCAGUGAGAAACACACGUUUGCAGUUCACAUCCCCCGUAGCUUGUCUGUGUGCAGUAGUGUGACAUUUGAACUAGCUGUUUCACAAUGAAUGUUAUUGUGUGCGCCUGAGUUGAAAAAAAAAAAAAAAAAGAAAAAGAAAAAAUUACCUUGACUGACAGUUAAUAAACGGUUGUCACAUGCAUGCUAAGAAGCAAAGCUAUCUCGCCUGGAGGAAUAUGAAAACAUUUUCAAAAAGCCGUUGUCACCCAUCAAAAAUAAUAUUUGACUUAACAGUUUCAUGUGUCAUUGGGGAAAAAAAACACACGCACUCUUAAAGUGAUGCCUACCUUAACGCUUACGAAUGCUGGAUGUCAAAAAAGGUCACGCCAGAGACGGUGAAGAAAACAAUUGGGCAACAUUUCAGUGACUCCUCAGUCGGCUCACGCCUUGGGUGACUUUUUUAUUAUUAUUAUUUUUUAUUAUUAUUAUUAUUAUUAUUAUUAUUUUAAGGUUCAGACAUUAUUCGAGUACAGUUUUUGCAAAGUGGACAUUUCAUACUGUUGUAACUUUUCUACAGUUUCUUAAAGUAUUUGCAAAUGUUUUGUUGUGCAACGUCAUGUACUCCUUAUGGCUUAUGACAGUUUUGCUAAAGGUUCUUACACGAAUCCGCUCGUUUGUUGCUGCAUUUACAGCUUAACAUGUAAUAAAAACGAAAUAAAACCCGAAA